GCGGCGGGACCCCGCCUUCUCGAAGCCAGGUCUGGGCAGCUCCAAGCGCGGCGUGCCCCAACAGCCAGAGGGAUAAUAAGAAAUGAAUUUUAAUGUCUGGAAUAUCAAAGAGAUGCUCGGUAUUCCCUCAGGCUCUGGGACCACUAAGUCAUCUAACUGGAUUAAUAAUCAGACUGAUUAUUCUAGUCUCAGUGAUUCCCAAUUCCUUUUUGGAUCUCAGUUCUGUCCAGAAAAUUCAGAGACCCUGUUAGCACCCUUGGACUUUGGUGCCCACCUGAGACAUCCAAAACAGUCACAACAGAAUUCUCUGGAUAGUGAACCUAGCAUUUUCACAAAGUACCAGGCAAAACCCCAGCUGUUUGGAGGAGAUACAAAGGAUGGAGGCUUAUUUCCUCCUCCUUUGUCAAUUGGAAAAUCAAAAGGCCUCUUGGAAGAGUUUGAAGAGAAAAAGAAAAGGGCAAAAGACAAAUGUGACAGUGACACUCUAUACAACUUUGUUUCCCAUGUUAGAGAAAGCAUUCACAGGUUACAGACAUCUGUGGAAAAGUCUGAGGAACAUCUCAGUUCAAGAAGCCAAUCUAUUUUGGAUUCUUUGGAGACUGUGGCCAAGACAUUGCAAGAGACUACACGGGCCCAGAAUGACGUGGUGUUUGAGGCAGUACAGGAUAAAGGCAACAAGGAGCAGGCCAUCCUUGAGAUGCAGAGGAGAUUUGAAGCUAGAGAAGCAGAGUUUAUAGAAAUGAAAUCCAACUUGAAGCACCUUGAAGCUCUAGUUGUCCAGCAGAGUAAGGACUUCCAGCAGCUGUGUGACCACCUAGGCCAGCUGAAUAUGCCCAGUGUCCUAGCAGAGCUGAAGAGCUUGAUCUCAGUGCCUCGGGUACCUGGGCACAUGAAAGACAGCACUUCUCAGACAUCGCCACCUCUGGCCCAGAGCCUCACUCUCACCAGGCAGGAAAAAUAUGCCUCUAAGGAACCAGUUAUAUGGCAGGCCCAGGCCCUCCCUACUGUGUGGAAUCCCAGUAUGGGCUCCCUAAGGCCUGAAGAAUCUGGUGUCUGGGGUCAAAGAGCAAAGAGUGAUGCUCUCCAAGAAGAGGAUGCACUGCUGACAGUUGGGCCCCAUAAAGGAAAUGGGCAUGUAAAGGACAAGGCAGUGCAGAUUAACUGCAAGAAUUCUAAAACAGGUCCUAAGAACCACGGCUCCAGCAUCUCAGGCCACAAAAUUCCUGGUGUCAAGGACCCAGUUUCUCAAGGAGCCUCACAGUUCAUGUCCCUGGACUUAAACAACUUUGCGAUCAACACUAAGAACACCUGCCAAAAAUACCAAGCCAAAAGCAUGUUUUUGUAUGACCCGUGUGAACAGUUGGUGACUAAACAGAAAGGCAAGACUGUAGAAAGACGGGCGAAAGGCAAGAAGCAGCAGCCCAGGAAAGCCCACAGAGGCAGGCUUCUAGCCAGGAAGAUGGAACAAACCCCAAGGAAGACCUGUGUUUUCAAUUCUAAAUAUCAGAGUCCUCAGCCUCCAGUUUCUGGCCCACAAAGGCCCCUGGUGGGGCAGCAGGAACCCCUUGCUCAGCCCCUGCAUCUGCAGUGCUCCAGGAGCCCCACAAAGCCAGUCUGCCCUGUUUGGGGAGGAACAGUCAUGCCCAGUAAGACAGCAAAGGCAGUGCAAGGGAGCCUCUUGCAGCUCAGUGGGUGCUCUUCCCAAGACAGCAGCCUGCUUUCCAGCAGUUCACAGAGGGACCACCAGAUGAGCUGGUUCAGUGACCUCAGUGACCUUGGAAAUUCAGAGCCUUCUCUAUGCAAGGAGCCAGGGAAGAAUUUGCUUUAUGACCUGGGUUUUGAUAGCAGUGAUGAUGGCUUCUGACGAGCCCAUGGUGACUUCAGCUGAUGUUCUAUUGGUCUCAGCUAGAAAGACAAAUUGCAGAACACUUCGGCUGACCAACAGCAGAAAGACCCUGAAGCCUGCCUGGGACCCUCAGGGUCAGAAGCCUUCUUGGGUGGGAUCAGUGGGGUGCAGGGGCAGAUCCAGCACUCUGUAUACCAGGUGCUGACCAUGACAAGGGCAUAAGGGAUAAGUGCAUCCUUAUUUAUUGGAAUGAAAUGUG